AUGGCGGGGGCGCCGCUCGGCCGAGGCGGCGGAGGAGGCGGAGGCGGCGGAGGCGGCGGCUGCGGCUGGCGGCGCGGGCUGCGGGGGUGCGGCGAGGCGUUCGCGUGCCCCGAGCUGGAGGCGCUGUUCCGCGGCUACACGCUGCGGCGGGAGCAGGCGGCCACGCUGAAGGCGCUGGCGGUGUGGCCGAGCUGCUGGGCGCGCCGGGGCUCGCCCCCCGCGCACUGCGCGCUCUUCCUGGCGCUGCUCGUGGUCACCCACGUGCGCUCGCCGCGGGGCCCGCAGGUGCGGCAGGUCCGCCAGCUGGCGCUGCUCUUCAGCCUCACCUUGGCGCUGCCCUGCUGCCCCUUGGCGCUCGGCCAACCCGCGGGGACCCCGGCCCGCGCGGCUGCGGGCGCGGCGGCCGCCGACCAGGGCGUGUGGCAGCUGCUGCUGGUCACCUUCGCGUCCUACGCCCUGCUGCCCGUGCGCAGCCUGCUGGCCGUCGGCUUCGGGCUCGCGGUGGCCGCCUCGCACCACCUGCUCAUCACCGCCACCCUGGCGCCCGCCAAACGCCCGCGCCUCUGGAGGACGCUCGGAGCCAACGCCCUGCUUUUCCUCAGCGUGAACAUGUACGGGGUCUUCGUGAGGGUCCUGGCCGAGCGCUCCCAAAGGGAAGCCUUCCUGCAGGCCCGCAGCUACAGUGAAGACCGGUUGAGGCUGGAGGACGAGAACGAGAAGCAGGAACGGCUACUUAUGAGCCUUCUGCCCCGGAAUGUUGCCAUGGAGAUGAAGGAGGACUUCCUGAAGCCCCCCGAAAGGAUUUUCCACAAGAUUUACAUCCAGCGGCAUGACAAUGUGAGCAUCCUCUUCGCGGACAUCGUGGGCUUCACGGGCUUGGCGUCACAGUGCACCGCGCAGGAGUUGGUCAAGCUCCUCAACGAGCUCUUCGGCAAGUUUGAUGAACUGGCUACGGAGAACCACUGUCGCCGCAUCAAGAUCCUCGGCGACUGUUACUACUGCGUGUCCGGCCUCACCCAGCCCAAGACCGACCAUGCCCACUGCUGCGUGGAGAUGGGCCUGGACAUGAUCGAUACCAUCACGUCAGUGGCCGAGGCCACUGAGGUGGACCUGAACAUGCGUGUGGGGCUGCACACCGGCAGGGUCCUCUGCGGGGUCCUCGGCCUGCGCAAGUGGCAGUACGACGUGUGGUCCAACGACGUGACCCUGGCCAACGUCAUGGAGGCCGCCGGCCUGCCCGGGAAGGUCCACAUCACGAAGACGACGCUGGCGUGUUUGAACGGUGACUACGAGGUGGAGCCGGGUCACGGGCACGAGAGGAACAGCUUCCUGAAAGCUCACAACAUCGAAACGUUCUUCAUCGUGCCGUCUCACCGGCGGAAGAUAUUCCCCGGGCUCAUCCUGUCCGACAUCAAGCCAGCCAAGAGGAUGAAAUUCAAGACCGUGUGCUACCUGCUGGUUCAGCUCAUGCACUGCCGGAAGAUGUUCAAGGCGGAGAUCCCGUUCUCCAACGUCAUGACGUGUGAGGAUGACGACAAGCGGAGGGCAUUGAGAACCGCAUCGGAGAAACUCAGAAACCGCUCAUCGUUCUCUGCGAACGUCGUCUACACCACGCCGGGCACGCGCGUCAACAGGUACAUCGGCCGCCUCCUGGAAGCGCGCCAGAUGGAGCUGGAGAUGGCAGACCUGGACUUCUUCACCCUGAAGUACAAGCAGGCUGAGCGCGAGCGCAAGUACCACCAGCUCCAGGACGAGUAUUUCACCAGUGCCGUUGUGCUGGCGCUCAUCCUCACCGCCCUGUUCGGCCUCGUCUACCUUCUCAUCAUCCCGCAGAACGUGGUUGUCCUCUUGCUCCUGGUGUUCUGCAUCUGCUUCCUGGUGGCCUGCGUCCUGUACCUGCACAUCACUCGGGUCCAGUGUUUUCCCGGAUGCCUGACCAUCCAGAUCCGCACCGUCUUGUGUAUUUUCAUAGUGGUCUUGAUCUACUCCGUGGCCCAAGGAUGUGUGGUGGGCUGUCUGCCCUGGGCCUGGAGCUCCAGCCCCAACAGGACCCUGGUGGUCCUGACGCCCGGCGGCCAGAACACACUGCUGCCCGCUGCGCCCUGCGAGUCUGCGCCCCACGCCCUGCUCUGCGGCCUGGUGGGCACGCUCCCACUGGCCAUCUUCCUGCGAGUGUCCUCCCUGCCCAAAAUGAUCCUGCUCCUCGUGCUCACCGCGUCCUACAUCCUGGUCCUGGAGCUCAGCGGCUACACCCGGGCCUCGGGGGGCGGCGCGGUGUCCGGGCGCAGCUUCGAGCCCAUCAUGGCCAUCCUGCUGUUCUCGUGCACGCUGGCCCUGCACGCCCGGCAGGUGGACGUCAAGCUGCGGCUGGACUACCUCUGGACGGCACAGGCACAGGAGUGUGGUGGCAUCCUGAGCAGUGAGCUCCCCAUCCCCAGUGGCCUGGUCCGGGUGACACAUAAAACCUUCCAGCUUGGGUGA